AUCACCAUGUCCGGACGUGGCAAAGGAGGCAAGGCAAAGGGCAAGAGCAAGACCCGUUCCAGCCGUGCGGGUCUCCAGUUCCCCGUGGGCCGUAUCCACCGUCUCCUGCGCAAGGGAAACUACGCUGAGCGCGUCGGAGCGGGCGCUCCCGUCUACCUCGCGGCCGUCCUCGAGUACCUGGCUGCCGAAGUGCUCGAGCUCGCCGGCAACGCGGCUCGCGACAACAAGAAGACCAGGAUCAUCCCCCGCCACCUGCAGCUGGCCAUCCGCAACGACGAGGAGCUGAACAAGCUGCUCUCCGGCGUUACCAUCGCGCAGGGCGGCGUGUUGCCCAACAUCCAAGCCGUGCUUCUGCCCAAGAAGACCGAGAAGAAGGCGUAA